CUGUGUUUAAACAUUUCCGAAAAAACUUGCUUUUUUAUUUUAGAUACAUAAUAUUUUAGUACAAAUUAUUUUUAUACCAAACAUCGCGCUAGUUGUAGAGAUCUAUAUAUAUUCGAAAAAUAUUUUAAUAAUUUUUUGACGGAGUAUCGAAAAUUUUGAUAUCAUGGCGGUGUGCAACUUUCUGGACUUCAUGGAGGACCUGGCCAUGCAGUUCACGGUGAGCAAGGAGCAGCACCAUCGCUUCAUCCACGAUUCGCGUAUGCUGUCCCUUGCGAUCCAGGAGCAGUUGCUCGAGGACAAUGCGGUUUUUAAAGGACUCCUCGGUCAGCUUCACAGAACAGCCGCCUAUGUGGACAACUUGAGACUGGACAUGCCACUGAACUUCGAGAUCUUUCUGCCCAUCCGACUGCCGAUGCCCGUGACUCCCAGUUACCACGAGGGGAGACGCAGUGUGGAACUUUCCCGGGCCAAUGCCCAGCAUCCGUUCUUCUUUGGGAAUGCGGUGAAUGCCAAGAGCAUGAACCUGCUGCUAAAGCAGGAGCUGCAAAAAGCCGUGUCCAAGAUCAAGUGUGUGGGCUCCUCCUGCUCGGGACUGGUCUACGACCUCAAGUACUCGGUGCUAAACCUGAACCAGGUGCCCUUCGUCCACCAAGUGGUGGCCACGGAGCGCGGCUGCAACGGGCAGCGCCUCAUCCGCUUCGACUUCGUCCUGGCCCUGGAAUUUCUUGGAGCGGAGAUGGUUCUGCCUCCGUAUUUCGAGGCUCCCAUCGGUAAGCGGUGGAUUGCCUACCGCAUGGUGGCCCAGAAUGGUGAUCCCCAUCCGGCGGAGUGGGCCGUGCUGGUGCCCAAGUGGCAGGACUCGCAGCCGGGCGCUUGCCUGAUGGUCCUGAACUGCCUGAUAAUGCUGUACCGCCUGCUGAGCGCCCAGCAGUGCUCCUGCUUCGCCCUGCCCGCCUCCAUAAAGUUCGCCUUCGCCAUGGUCACCGAGGAGCGCCGCAAGGACUUCCGGAGCAUGACCAUCGCCGAAUUGACCAUUGCGAUCCUCUACCAUCAGGUGUUCUGCAACUUCAACCACGCGGUGGUCAGCAACACCAGGGGCGACAAGGCCGCCCGGACCAGUCGGUUGAUGGCCAUCCGGAAGCAGCAGCUGCGUGCCAGGGGCGUAUACGCCUUGCUGGCCGAUGCCGUGAUCCGGAACGCGAUCACCAGUGACUUGGUGCACGCCUUCUUCUGGUACAUCCACAUCUCACCGCCGCCGGACUGCUUCUACCAUUCGCUCGUCGAGGUCCGGAACACCGAUCCGCUUUUGAAGAGAAAGAGGAACAGCUCUUAAGGACCCAAUCCUCCAAAGUUAAAUUGACCAGAACGAUGGGCGAGGGGGGGAAUUACCAGUUCUGAAUAGGUGGCAAACCACCCCAAGGAAUGGCUUCCCUUGUUGAUUUUUUGAAAUUUGAGCACUACUCUAAAUUGGUCGAGCAGUUUGUGGGAAUCCCCCGGCUCUCCGCCAUCGUCUUAGUGUCAAAUCUCGGUAAUUGUGCAACUUUAAUGCCAAAAAAAAGGGGAAAUGUCGGAGGAGAGCUUACACAGAUACAAAACACACACACACUCGCAGCCAGGCAAUACACAGGAAAACACAGACAGAGA